GAAUUUGACCAACUUGGUCCCAUCCACAUGCACCGACGACAAAGCUUGCGACCGCGGCAGUUGGACGUGCAUUCCCGGAUCCGUCUCGUUCGCUCGGAUGCCGACAUCGACGUGGAUUCAGAAGAGCAGGACGGUGCUGCCUCUGCUCCGAGCAUCACGUCGUUCCAGGAACUGACCGAGAUGGCCGAUGAUCAACCGGCCAAGAUUAAGAGGAAGAAGAAUAUUCCAAUUCCAGUGAACAAACUUGUCCCCAAUUACGAGAAGGACGUGCUCCCGGACUUUCACCUGCCUACGAGUUACAUUAAGCUCAGCUUGAACUUCCAAACGUCAUCGUCGUCAUCCGCGGCACCCGUCAGUGCCCCUUCAAACGCCGCAACGGCCACGUCUGCAGGGGAAAAGGUGGAAGUCGACUUGGAGGUCGAAGAUCUUGCAUGGUUGCGGGAACAUCCCCGAUACGGCGAAGCUGCCGAUCCUCGAUACCAACUCACCCCCGACACAUUUGCGAAGAUGUUAGACCUCCUCGAGAAAGCUUCGGCGCUCAUCAACCCAGGUGUCAUUACACUGGCUGAGGCAGACGAAAUCUUCUCCAAGCAGAUCCACGUUGUCAAGAGUCCUUGCCACAAGGUCUCGACCGACGUGUACAACUACUGGGUGGCAAAGCGAAUGGCCCUCAAGAGGCCGCUCCUUCGCAAGUACUGGCCGCAAACGCCCCUGAACGACACGAACCCGCACCUGGUGUUUCGACCUCGUGAAAAGGAACGGUACAAGUUGCGAAAACAUCGCAAGAACGACAUGGAAGGCCUGCGGAAACUGCAGCAAUUGCGCCACGAUUUUGAUCGCGUGCGGCAUUUGCUGGACUUGGUGCGACGUCGAGAAAAGUACAAGCGAUUGCUCGUGGAUUUUCUGGACGAAACGCGACGGCAACAAGUGCACGAUUGCCUCCAGGCCGCAUUGCCGUCCCUUCCACCGCGACAGCCCAAGGUACACUACCAAAAGAAGCAUCAACUAGAGUCUCAACACGUUUCAAAUUGUCAGAUUCCAAGCGAAGACGACAUCAAACCUCGCAAGAAGAAGAAGAAAAACAAAAACUUGCACUCGGACCAACAACUGCCCAGUUCGCUGCUUGAGGUGUCGCAGCCCGCAUUGGCGUUCACAGACGUCCAAAGGGUGAAGGUGCCCACAUUUCUGGAAAAGCCCAUGGCACGACCUCACGACCUGCCAAUUUACGUGGCGAGUUACCCGCCUUCUUCCACCGAACUGUACGCGGCCAUCUUUCAAGACCCCCCUGUCUUUAGAGGGUAAGUUCUUGAGGAUGAAGGAUUUGAAGAAAGGGGAAUGAAUAUUCGUUUUGCAGGCGUUGGCGAAAAGGUCGUGGGGGUCGAUUGAUCAUGGAUCGUGUCCCUCUGUAUGGGAGCAGCCGAGAAGUUCAAGCCCCCCCAUUCCUUGUGGAUGACUCGGUACAUGCCGGAACUGCCUUGGCACCAAAGAAGACGCUAUGUCGCGCUGCAGUUGCCGCGAUUUGCAGCAUGAGUGACUCUGAAGAUGAGCUGGUCGAUAUGACUGGAGCCCCCGACGAGGACAAGUCCAGACCCACCAAGUACGUUUUGGCUGUUUAAUUGGAUCAGCACAGAAGAUGUCCUCUGGCAAAAGAUAUUUUUCAUUUUGAAUCCGAUUGUCUAAUUGGUGUUAAUGAAGCUUAUAUAAAUGUCCCCAA